UCAACCCUAACCCCGCAGUCCCCACCACGAAAUUCCCGAAAAUUACCAAAAUGCCACUCUUCUUCUCCAAAUUCGCACCACUGGUCCCCCGCCUGCGCCGCCUCUCCACCUCUGCGGCGACCGCCGCCGGCGAGGACCCUAAGCUGUCGCGCAUCGCGGACGAGAUCCUCGCUCUCUCCCCCGCCGAGCUGGACGACUACGCUGCGCUUCUACGCCUCAAGCUCCGCCUCUCGCUCACCUCCAGCGCCGCCGCGGGGGCCUCCCCGGCCGGGACCGGAGACGCCGCCUCUGGAGCCGCGGGCUCCAAGGAGGCCGCCGCGGUGAAGACGGCGUUCGACGUGAAGAUCGAGAAGUACGAUGCGGCGGCGAAGAUCAAGAUCAUCAAGGAGGUGCGCGCGGUAACGGACCUGGGGCUGAAGGAGGCGAAGGAGCUCGUGGAGAAGGCGCCCGUCGUGGUGCGCGCGGGGCUGCCCAAGGAGGAGGCCGAGGCGCUCGCCGCAAAGCUCAAGGCCGCCGGCGCCGCCGUCGCGCUCGAGUGAUGAUCCCGAGCGGAAGGUGUUGUUCCUAGUGUUCUUAGAUGAUGCAACGUACGCGUGUGACUUAAUUUUUUAAAUUGAAAUUCGAUGGGAUUCUGUACUCGAGGUAUAAGAAAAUGCAAUAUUUGCUUGCAUUGUUGUAGCUUUUGACUAGCCUCAAGCCUAAUCUCUGAUAGAUUUUCCUGAAUCACACAGUAAGUUGUUCAUGUGUUGUGCUCUAUUUUACUUGCCUGGAUUGAUUUGACUAGUCUGAGGGUAUAAAAAGAUGCACUUGUUGUUGGUCU